AUACCUUUUUUUUAUAAAUUAUCUGAUGUUUCUUCAUCUCCUAUACAAACUACAGCAAGUCAAUCAGUAAAAACUAUUCAUGAUACUUUUAGAUUUGGUUCCAGAUCUUUAUCAUUAAAUACGGAUUUGUACCAUUCUCUUGAAAUUGCGCUUAAUAGUUUUAAGCACAAAGGAUAUGAGUUGAAAAUGCAGUCUUUGAGUAGAAUUUUUGGUAUUUCAGAACCUAUUCGCCGUAAAAUGGAAUUAAAAAUUCUUGAUUCUGAAUUUAAGCCUUUGGUUCUUGGGCAGUCAAGUAAUAUUCAUCAUGAUAUAUUUAGCGGAAAUGAUAGUAGCAUAGACGUUGAUGAAAUUUUUUUUGGUUUUAUAAUUUUGUACUUUUCAAUUGAGCUAAUAAAAUUAGAUGAUCAUGAUUGUUCUGUUGAUUUUCAUUAUGAAUUAGAGAAAAAAUGUUUGUUCAAUAAUUUUUAA